AUGGAUUCGAAUACAAAAACGAUUCUCUGGCUCAUUCUCGUGACGUUUGAAGUUGCAUUUGGACAAUCUACGCCAUGCCCCGCUCCAGAUACAAUAUUACCUUGCAUAUGCACUAAUCGCAAUGAAGACAUUCAAAUAUGGUGUACACACAGCGAUCUGCUGCAAGUUCAAAAAGGCAUUCAGAAAAUAGGGGAUUAUCUUAGAAAACCUAUUGAUGAAUUGAUCAUUGAAAAUAAUUAUCUACCGUCUCUACCUGGAAGAAUAUUUCAAAAUGUAAAAAUACUGCGAUUGAUGUUACGACAUAAUGGAAUAGAGAGAUUAUCCGCUGCGUGGCUAGAAUCGCAAGAGAUGAAUCUUGUAGAAGUAUUUAUUGUUGAAAAUGAUUUAAAGAAUCUUCCUGCAGAAAGUAUAAUGAAACUGCAAAAUCUACAAGCCAUCACAUUACAGUCCAAUAAUUUAAAGAGGAUACCUACUCUUUCAAAUAUGCCAAAAUUACGAUACAUAAAUAUACAUUCGAGUUCUUUAAAUGCAGUAAAUGAACAUACUUUUGAAAAUUUGCCAAGUUUAGAAAGAUUAUUUGUACAAGGAAGCCCUAAUCUUCGUAUACUAAAGGAAAAUGCUCUGUACAACUUGCCAAAAUUGAGGAGGCUAGAAAUAACAAAUUGUGGAAUUAAUCAGAUACACAUGCGGGCUUUAUCACUGCUUCCUGUAUUAAAUGAAUUAUCAUUAAGUAACAAUGAAAUAUCUGAUGCUACUAUGGUAGGAAGAGCUACUAGAGACCUACCACUUUUAUCUCAUUUAAACCUAAAUAACAAUGUCAUAGAUAAAUUGAAUGAAGGUGCUUUUGUUGAUCAACCUAUGCUGGAAAAAUUAUUUUUGUCAAAUAAUAAUAUAAAUAUAAUACAUCAUGGAGCAUUUCAUAGAGUUCCUAAAUUGAGAAUAGUAGAUCUAAACUAUAAUAGAAUAAGUCAAAUACACCCGGAAUCAUUUUUGCAACAAUCAGGUAGUGGUGUAGAAGAAUUGAAUCUAAUUGGUAAUCAAAUAAUGCACAUUUCUGAAUUUAGAGCUUUACUUGACGCUUUACCACGAUUAAAGUUUUUAGAUAUGAGUGACAACUUACUACAGGAAAUUCCUCGAGGUGCCUUGAGAGGUCAUCCUAGUCUUGAGAGGUUGCAUUUAAAUAAAAAUAGUAUUAAAUAUAUUCAGGCAGAUGCGUUUGUAGCCAUGCCUGCUUUAAGGGAGUUACAUUUGAGUAAUAAUUCUUUAAGUGAUAUGAAUGAAGGACCAUUCUGGAAUCUUCCUGCUUUGAAAGGUUUAGAUUUAUCAUUCAAUUACUUUCAACGAUUGCAACCUAAAAUGUUAUAUAAUCUACCAGCGCUGAGAAGAAUAAAUUUUAGCAAUAAUUUAUUGACAAUUAUAGAUCCAAUAACUUUCAUUGAAUCUCCUUUGUUGGAAUACAUAAAUGUAUCAGGGAAUGCUUUAGUUUCCAUACAUCCUGCCACCUUCAGAAACUUAGUAAACUUGUUUGAAGUCGAUGCAAGUUCUAACAAGCUCAUUGAAUUUAUACCUGGUUUACCAAGAGGAUUGGAACAAUUAUAUCUACAAAAAAAUCAAAUAACAAGUCUUCCAAUUCCACCAUCACCAGACUUUGAUUUGCCUUCUUUAAGAACAUUGGAUAUUUCUAACAACGGAAUUCAAAAAAUUGCAUAUGGAAGUAUGAAAGGUCUUCACAAUCUAAGACGUCUUUAUAUGAAACGCAAUGGGUUAAGACAAAUAGAAACAACAACUUUCAGUGAUUUAGAACGAUUGGAAAUAUUAGACUUGCGUGAUAAUCAAAUAAUUUCGGUUCACCCAAAAAGCUUCAGUAAACUUGUUCGUCUAAAACAAGUAAAUUUACAUGGAAAUACUAUUGACAAUUUUGAUUUCGUAGCAAUACAAGAGAAUGCUGCAUUAUCUACAUUAGACUUUAGUAAAAAUAAAUUAAAAAGUUUCAGUCCAAAUAUUGUAAACAGAGCAUUAGAUGUCGAGAUUUUGAAUAUAUCUUCUAAUAAUUUGAAUGAAUUACCUGUCACAUUAAAUAUAUUGCCUAAGUUGAAAAUACUAGAUGCCAGUUACAACCAUAUCAAACAUUUUGAUGGCAAUGUUAUAAACAAUAUCCAAUCAUUAAUGGAAAUAAAAAUGCCUUUCAAUAAAGUAAAUGAGUUACGUACAGGAAGCUUUAAAGAUUUAAGGGACUUAAGUACAAUAGAUUUAGAUGGAAAUCAAAUUGAAGUUAUUCAUCCGAAAGCAAUUGUAAAUCUACCUAAUUUAGUAUCUCUAUAUCUAAGUAGAAAUCAUAUUAUAGAUUUACCUGAUAAUGUAUUCUCUAAUCUCCCGAAAUUAAAAAUAAUAGAAUUACAAGGAAAUAGAUUACAAUAUAUAUCACCAAGAGCUUUUGAAAACAUUCCUCUAGUGCAGUACUUAAAUAUAAGUAACAAUCAAUUGAAAAAUGUUGAUAACUCAGGUUUAAGGUUGCUGACAUCUUUGGAAGUCUUGGAUUUGAGCUUUAAUAAAUUAACAAAAAUAACAAAGAACUCUUUUCAGUACAUGGAGUGGCUAGUUGAACUUAAUUUGGAUAAUAAUUUGAUAUGUUACAUUAAUGAUCAACCAUUUGAUUCUAUGUCGAGACUGAAAGUACUUUCAUUGCGACAUAACAAGAUGAGUUUUGUGGCCGAAGAUACAUUCAGCAAUUUAAGGAACAAUAUUGCUAUAUUAGAUAUCGAUGGAAAUCCAUUGAUUUGCAAUUGUGGAAUCAUUUGGUUCAAAUCUUGGUUAUCUGAAUCUACCUCAGUUGGUCCAAAGUGUGUUGAUGGUACAUAUGUAAAAAUGAUGCCAUUUUCGCGAAAUGAUUGUGCAAAUGUACGAGUACAUAAUGAAGAUGUAAGGUCUUGUUUGACCCAUGAAAAUGAAGCAUUAUUGCCAAAUCUAGCGACAUCACAAGUCUUCUCCUCCCUUGACAAAAUAAAAGAUUACACAACUCAAAUAAAGAAUAACUAUCAUGUUAAUAAGAUAAACAAUAGACCAUCUCCAGAAGAAUCUGAAUACUUUUACGAUGAAUACGUUGAUUAUCCCUAUAAUGAGACUUUAAUAGAAGGUUUAAAUAAUGAUAUAAAUCUUAUACAAAGUAACAAAUCUCAUGAAAAUCAAGGUAUACCAACACUCUAUGCGGAAAUGAAAAAUACCACAAACAGGAAUCCUGUGAAACCAAAUGUACCAUCACACCCUACAAGUGGUUUUACAUUUUUCGGAAUGCCUUUACCUUCCCUUGAUAUGGGGAAAUUAUUGAAUAAUGGACGUAAAGUAGAUUGGUCAGAGAACAGAAAUUCACAACACAAAUAUCAAAAUCCAGAAACACCGAAAUUUGAAACUGGUGGAUUUGCGCCAAUGUUACCUACUACAGCGGGUGGUUUUAAACCAAUACCUAAUCCAACAGUCAAUAUAUCACAAAAAAGUGUCAGUGACCAAGGUGUAAAUAAUUAUAGUACUAAUGAUAAUAUUGGACAGUCGAUUAAAAUUGUCGCAACCAAACCACCAAUUAACAAAAUGCACAAUAGUACAACUCAUCAAAAAAUAAAAAGUGAAAUUCAUGAACUCCAAGCAUAUCUUGAUGAUGACAAUAGCACCCACGUAGCCUAUAAUAGGACCAAAAACAUAGAAGAGGAAAAGACAGAACCUAAUAAUUUGAGCAAGUAUAAUUUGAUGGAAUCAAACCUAACUAUAACUCAAGUCACUGAAAAGGAAGGCAUUUUGAUAACUACAGAUACUACGAAUGACAUGUCACUACAAGCGUGGCUAGAGACAAGCAGCAAGGCUUACUCUACUAGGCCCGUAACCUCUAAACCGAUAAUAAAGAAGCAUGUGGAACAUGAUCAGCCAACGGCUUUGUCGGCAAUAUUAGUACCUAGUAAUGAAGAAGCAGGAAAGAAAAAUUAUACUACAAAUUAUAAGCGACCGGCAACUAUUACUAAAGUGAAUAUGCCGCAUGCAUCUCAUUUUGACAUUCAAGACAGUAAUUAUUCACCAGUUAUUAACAGGGAAGCUAAAACAAGAUUUUCAGAUGUAACCAAUUCAGGAAAUACCAAAACGAGACAAAUUAAUGAUAAAGACUGGUAUUAUAAGAAUUAUAAUAAUACAAAUAUACCACCCUACAUUGCACCCGGUGUACAAACAUCAAACAGUAUUAGAUUAUUAAAUAACAUAUCUGUAUCAUUCAUUACGUUGUAUUAUUUUAUACAUUACGUAAUUUAACUGUAAUUUUGUAAACUAUUCAUUGGGUAAAAAUAUGAUGUGUACUUUAUAUGUAGCAUAUAACUGAUGUCCAUAAGUGAUGCACCCCUGAAUAUGCUAUAUAGUUCAUAGGCAAAUCUGGUACUUAUUGAUUAUUGCCUUACUUAGCUGUUCUUUGGUUAUUACAUUAGAGGACGCAGAAAAUAUUAUAUUGACAGGAAUAAUCAUUAUUGCAGAAACUACCUAUGAGCUACAAAAAUGAAAUAUCUUCUACAUUGCAUUAGAAGAUCCACAAAAAAUAUGAUAGUAUACCUACUUAGAAAUGAUUUAUUUACCAUAUUUAUGUAGAAAAUAAUGCAAUAAUAAAAACAGUGGGUUUAAAGUUGAAUAACCAAUGUGCAUAUACCGAAUCUCCAUAUCGUAAUUGCCUGAUACACAGACAAUCUAAGUAUUUGGUAGUAUCUGCACAAUUAUUAAAUACCUUAAAAUAAUACGUAGUAUAUUAAGUAGUAACUAAUAAUAAUAUUUCUUUAGUUUAGUGUCAAUAUCUAUGUAAUUUACAUAUAUUAGUUAAAUAAAAUAUCUUAAAUGAAAUGUAGUUUUCUUCUAUUUUGACGGCCUCGACCGUUUAGCGGCUUAGCACACCGCCUUAUUUCGCGAUGAUUUCGGGUUCGAUUCCUGGUACAAACAUUUUUAUUCGUCUGGGUGUAUUCCUUUACAUUUGUUUUACUCAAAACACGAGCUCAGCUUAGAUUGGAACUCGUGUCCCAAAAAAAAGAUGUUGUGGAGUCAAUUUUCAGCAUUAUUAUUCAUAUGUCUGCAAUCCAUGUCUAUUUUAAAGUAAAAAUUAAGAUUCGUUACAAUUUCAAAUGAUAAAUAAUUGAGUAAUGAGUGGUGUUUCCAUGUGCAUUUUAAA